AUCAUCCUUAAAGAAUUUCAAAAUGGCAUCAGAUUCUUCAGCUUACAACACCGACACCAUAAGCUCACCACAAUCCUCGGACGAUGGUCCGACUGUCGUUGUCGUAGUCGUAUUCGUCUCACUCGGCUCGAUUUUCUUACUUGCUUUUUGCUUGUUUGCUUUGUGGCUGGUAAUAAAGAGGAGAAGGAAGAACAAGUUGGUCGAAGAAACUGAUAUAAAACGCGCGGACGAACAUUUGAAGGUGAAAGAGAACAUUGUGAAGGGCCCUCAUGGAUUAGAAGCUGUGGUCCUAUCCAUAGAAGAAGAUAAGCAUUUUGAAGAGGAGAUUGUCAAGAAUGAGAAGAAGCAGAUUAUUGAUGGGGAAUUAAUCAAAGGUAAAAAUGCAGAAAAAACUGAUCUUGAAGUUGGGGAAUCUUCUUCCUCCAUUACUAGUGUUCACAGGUCCUGAAAAAGCAUGAUACUCUUAAAUUAUUUUGUCAUUUUUUUUCUGCUAAUAAACAACAUUUGACUUGUCAAUUGUCGUAUUUAUGUAACACUGAUAAUUUAAUUUCAUCAUAAUAUAUAUAUUAUGUAUAGUAUGUAAUCAUGCUUUUAUGCCAAGAUUUUUUGUUUUUUA